ACGCAGGCCAUCGUGACUUGAAACUCCCGCGUGUGCCCAGCUGGAGCCCUCCCAACCACAUCUUCCCUUCUCAGCCUUUCAGUUUUUCAACCGAAGGACGCGAAAAUAAAUCAUGGCCCAGAAUUCAAUCCAGACACUCCCGCGAUUCCUGCUGCCUCGGCUCAGCUGGACUGCGCCGGUAGCAGUGGGCAGCGGCCCCUCUGUCCAUCAUCACCUGCGGGCCGCUGCUGCGAUCGGAGGAGCCUCAGCGCCGUCGCAACAAUGGAAUCAAAGGCCUACGCAACAGCAACCGAUAUCCUCUACCAUUCUGAAGCAUCACCAGCCAGCUCUGACGCGGGCGUUCCACACGACCAGGGCCCAGGCCAGAGACCACCACUUUGACACGCUCAGGUUCGUCCAGCGCCUGCGCGAUGAAGGGUUUACGGAGGAGCAAUCCGUCGCGAUGAUGAAGGUUCUCAACGACGUCAUCGAAGAGAGCAUCCAGAACCUCACGCGGACAAUGGUCCUCCGCGAAGAUGCCGCAAAGGCCACGUACACGCAGAAGGUCGACUUUGCCAAGCUCCGCUCCGAGCUGCUCAGCGCGGACUCGACCGAGUCCAACACGACGCGCUCCGCGCACGAGCGCCUGACCAACGACAUCACCAAGCUCAACAGCCGCCUGCGCGACGAGAUCGGGCGCACCCAGGCCUCCGUGCGGCUGGACCUGAACCUGGAGAAGGGCAGGAUCCGUGACGAGGCCGCCACUCAGGAGCUCAAGAUCAAGGAGACCGAGACCAAGAUUGAGCAGGAGCUCGCCGCGCUCAGGGAGAAGCUCGAGCAGGUCAAGCUCCAGACUUUGCAGUGGCUUAUGGGUGUGUGCACUGGUUUCGCGGCGCUGCUGCUCGGUGCUUGGAGGCUGCUCAUGUAGAGAGCACGGGGGAAUGGAUUUGUAUGUUUCGAGUAUAUGUCAGAGAAUAUCAUACCCUGAGUAUAUUAUGACCAACGUUGGUAAAGACCAUUCCAUAUUAUGGACCAUUUGACACAAUCGAUUUCUCAGAAGUGAGCAUAGUGUAGUGGUUUAUGGCUGUGAAAUGCAGCCGUUGUAUGGCACUAUUGUGGAGGGCCUGCUAGAAGAAGAAGAAAAUAAGAACCAGUGCUACCCAACAGAUGUAGUCUCGGUAGUGUAUGUACGUGGAGAAUGAAGAAAAAAAAAUCGCUAGAAAUCAU